GGAGAGCUAAUCAGAGAGAGAGAGAGAGAGAGAGAGAGAGAGACAGAGGUACAGCAGCAGCAGCUCAGUGCGUUCAGCGAGGAGAUGGAGACAGAGUUAGCCGGCUCUGAGGGCGUAUAACCCGGCGAGGGGGACAUCUGAUGAUGGGGGAAUAACCAUGUUUGAUGCAGAAUAGUCUUCCUCCUUUAGCGCGGAUCCAGGAUCGCCUCUGAGACACCAGCGUCACAAUGAAACCAGUCCUGCAUUGAGGUGAGAGCCGCAGCUGCUGUUUCUCCCUUUGCAUUUUAUUUCUUAUUUUGCGCGUCGAGCUCAUUCUGACGCGCCAGGUUAGACAUCUUGCAGAGUAUUUUUCAAUGCUGCCGCUGUCAAGAUCAGGAGAAUAACACAAAACCUGCAGGAGCCGAGGAGAAGGAGGAGGAGGAGGAGGAGGACGAGGCUGCUGUGUUCUGAUGUUAGACCCUAAUUCAUCCAGCCUGCAGGCUCCGUGAUGGAUCCUGCGUUAAAAUCGUCCUUUGAAGGCUGAGACAGGCGCAUUGAGCAGAUGGAGAGGUCUCGUGUUGAGGAUGAGGAGCCCUGCACUUGAGGAGGGUCGCGGUGUAAAAAAAAGGGGCUUUUCCGAUAAUCCAUUUAGUAGCCCUAAGGGAGUGAAGUCUGGUCAGUCAGUGGGCGGCUUAGGGGGGCCUGGUGUGAUCUGAUAUGAUGUGAUGUGAUUUGAUGUGAUGUCCAGGCCCGCUCGGGAAGACCCAGAAUCAGUGUACCAGCUCAUGUCUUGCGCGCAGCCUCUCAUUCAUCUCCUGCUUUCCGGACCUGGAGUUGCAGCCAUUCAGCAGGAAGCUGCUGCUGAUCCUCCAUUCAUGAAGUCCAGUAUACGCAGUCUGCACAACGGUCCACUGUUGGCUUUAAAUAGGCUCUGUGGGUCUGCAGGAGGCCUGUUUUCGGCCUAUUCUAUUGACUUUCUCUCAUGUUUCAUUUGAUGGGCUUCAGUCAGUUAAUAUAGAAGCUAAUAAGCUUGAUUUUAACAAGAUACAGGCCUGUUCAUACAUGGGCCCUCAUAUUACUUUAGGGAGCCAGUCUUGGUCUUUCUGGCACUGUGCUGUGGUUUUAUGGUGGUCAUUUUUUACUAUAUCCUUAUGGUGCUGCUUUAAAGGGAUAUUCCGGCGUAAAAUUGAUUUAGGGUGAAACACACCGUAACACAGAGUUAGACACCCCCUCGAGAGAUGAAUGUUGCCGACUGCUUGCUUCUCUAGUUAUACCAACUUUAGUAACGACACAGCGGUCUGAGGAGCCAUAAACAAACCUCAACCAAAACGCCACUCUAUAGCCACAAAUAAUGCUCAGAACAGCACCUAACUUCAUCAACAGAACAUAAAGGGUCCCAGCCAUAGCACUAGCCACCAAACAUCUUUUUAGCUUUGCCUAAUUUCUUUAGUAAAGAGACUAAACACAACUCACCUACUCUCUUCCAGUAGCCACUUGUUUGUAGGGAGACAUCAGGCCAAUCUAUUAUGGACUACAGUGGGGUGACGCAGCUCAAGGAAGAACAUUUAUGAUUACUUCUUCAUCAUUUCCUUGAAGUAAUAAUCACCAUGUUAAUCAUUUUGCACUGCAGACGUGGUAGUUCUUCUACCUUAGCAUCUUGGUGUGAUUGCAUUACCAUAAAGAAAUAAUCAUAAAUGUUCUUCCUUGAGCUGUGUCACCCCGCUGUAGUCCAUAAUGGACUGGCCUGAGGUCUCGCUACAAACAAACGGCUGCUGGAAGAGAGUAGGUGAGUUGUGUUUAGUCUCUUUGCUAAAGAAAUCAGGCAAAGUUAAAAAGAUGUUUGAUGGCUAGUUCUAUGGCUGCGACCCCAUAUGUACUGUUGAUGAAGUUAGGUGCUGUUCUGAGCAUUAUUUGUGGAUAUAGAGUGGCGUUUUGGUUGAGGUUUGUUCGAGCAAGCGGUCGGCAACAUUCAGCUCUCGAGGGGGUGUCUCACGGUGUGUUUGACCCUAAAUUAGUUUUACGCCGGAAUAUCCCUCUAAACAUUUGAGCAACAUAAGUACAAAAUAAAAUGUGAUACAAUUUCAAUAAGUGCUUGAUGUUUAUUUGUAAUGUACUUACUACUGCAUCAGUACUUUUUCAUGUAGUUACCUUAGCAAAGUCUUUCUCGAGCCACAAACACACAGCAGGGACAUGGUUUGUCCAAUACAAACCCUUAUCAAGUGUUGAAAACUAUUCAACAUGCCAAAAACCAGUCUGUGAACAGUCUGUGGCUGCAUCUACAAAUGCACCAGGAAAAGGAAAAACUUUUCAGGACCAGAGUGCUUGUAGGGCGGGCCAAGGAGAUGUGAAAAACUAUCAAACUUUCACAUCUCCUUUUAGGACGCAUGGAGGCUGCAUCCUCUUCUCUAGGGAGGAGUGGGACCACCCAGUUUUUUAUUGGUGCACAGUUCAAAAGGCCACAUCAUUGAUGGCACGGGGGUGUAUAUGUACAUAUGGUGCAUCUAACAUCUGAGAAGUCCCCAUCAUUGCUCGACAAAUACGAAUUUUGGAGCAACAUACAGGACUCUGUAGUGCUGAAUUAAAAACAGAUUUCUUCCUCAAAGUGACACACUAGAUGCUACGACAGGUUGUACAGUGUUUCUCCUGUGAAGGAGGCCCUGUGGUCAUCUGUGAAAUUAGUUAGAUCUUGUGGGUGAGAGACAGGAAAUGGAAGACAGAAUUCGCGUCUCCUUCUCCCUCUCUCUCUCUCCCUCUCCCACACGCUCCAUUCCUUUAUCACUGGCUGCCAUAUGGAUGCCUGAGCUCACUCAAUAUUUACAUUGUUGCCGCUUUGCCAAAAAAACCACAAGAGAGAAAAAAAAGAACCUGCCAGGAAAGGGAACACUUAUUGAUGUGUGUAAUGAAGCCAUGCAUUGUUUAUUGUUGAUUAUCUUAAAAAAGACAGCAUGUUUAUGGUUCAUGGUGUCCACAGGUAGACAAACAAGUUGUUUCUAGAGCAGAUUAAAACUCCAGAUGACAUUCAGUGGCAUCAGGGAGGGGUGAGGUUAUCAGGGUUCAGGUCAAAGGUCACUGACAGGGCGCUCUGAAGUGCACAGAUCUGAAAGUAGGUAAGUAAAGGAGUCUGACUGCUAACUGAACCCCCUUCUUUGUCCCACCUUGUUAUCUGCCAUCCCUUCAUCUUGGGAUUUUUAUCUCCUGUCUGCAUCUCCUCUGCUUUUCCUUCACUUCCAUCAGUCUGGCUGCACAGUUUCCCUCUGUCACACACACACCCGCCUGAAUGUCUGCUGCUGUAUCUUUUCUGUCUAAACUUCUGCAUGUGAGUCACUUUUUGUCAGUGUGAUACCCACUGUGUCUGCGUUCAUCUGUGUGUCCUCCUUUAGUGAGCCCAGACAGCAAAUCAAAACAGACUGUCACAUAUUCCUGCUGAUACCUGCAUCUCUGUCACAUACUUUUUACCUCCACCAAGGUUUUCAGCAAAACAAGUGUGGACAAAGCACCAGCCUCAUUCACUUAAAAACUGGCAGAAGUCUGGAGCCGAGGCCAAAAAGAAACAAAUUGAUUUUACAAAUAGAGCCCAAUUAGACUCAGAAGUGAAUCUCAGGGAGGAGUCAGCAGUCUCUUACAAACAUCACAAAUCACUAAUGACAUCCAGUAUUUACUCAAAAGUAUUUGAACAAGACAGAUGGGAGAAGAAACCCCGAUUACUCAUUUACAGGGCAAGAUCACUAGUGAUUAGGGCUUUAAUUACCGUAUUUUGGGGGUCUUAAUGGGACACUACACAUGAGCUGUAAUACUUUGAGCAGUGAUGGCUGUUUUGAUUCCCAGCCAACGUCAAACCUCAUCCUCUUCUUCCCACUUUUUCCGUCUCUCUUUAGCUGUUCUCUCUAAUAAAGGCAAAAACAGCAAAAUAAAUAACUAGUAAAAUACACUGCAUGUUUGUUUAAUAAAAAAAAUGACAAUAAUAUAUCACAUAAAAACAUUUUAAUUAACUUACUGUAUCCUUGCUUACUCUGCUAACUUUACUUCCUUUACAUACAUGUUUGGACAUGUACCUCUUUUUAUUGUACUUUUUAAUUCUGUUUCUGUUUCUGUUUCUCUCUUCUUCUUUUUUACUUCUAUUUCACUGAAAUGGAGAAGCUCUCAAAUCUCAUUGUACUCCAGUAUGAUGACAAUAAAGAGCACUCUGAUUUUGAUUCUGAUUCUAAGGAAUUUCAGAGCAUCUCUUCAUCAAAUUAUUUAACCCAACAUAAAUACAAUUUUCGUGGUAUGAGAAGUAGACAUGUUGCAGUAUGUCCCAAAAUGUUUGUAUCAUCUGCUAUAUUUGCGCCUUAAAUGUGAACAGACUAUGAAUGGAUUCAUAAAGCCUUGAAGACGCUGUGUAUGUAAAGUGCUGGGCUGUGCUGACUGUGCUGCUAGCUGUGAGCUGUGGAGCAGGCUAAUCUUAGAAAACAUGGCUGAGCUCAAACUCCCUGGGGUGGGAGCACAACAUCACCAAUCAUCUUCAUCAGCCAAUCACUGAGUGUGUUAUGCUCACAGCAGCGAGUGUGUACGUGUGUGUAUGUGUAUGUGUGUGUGUUUUUGGAUGGAGGGGUCUGUUAAAGUGCAUAUGCAGUGUUUAUGUCUGGGAGUACAUGAGGUAUGUGUACACACAGCUUUAAAAACACAAAUCCUUGAACAUCCGCUCUGCUUGGCUACAGUAUUACUUCCUCAGUAGCUCUAUUACUCGCCACAACACCGCAGUAUUAAUCAGGCAGAUAAAGUUGUUGGCCCGACGCGGUUCGGUCCUCUGAGAGCGAACGUGUCUUGUACGAUGUGUUUCGCAGGCUGCAGUUGAUAGCUUCUCCCUGCACAGUCAUGUUUCUUUCCUUCCUGGUCAGUUUACUGUUACAGACAGAACUCCCAACCAUCUGACAGAGAUAUCAGCUCUGCUCCCUGGGGGAAAGAAGCAGCAGCAUGAGGAGCUGGAGGAAGAGGGGGCACAGUAGUGGUAGAUUUUUACAACAGAUACUGGGAGGAGAUACAGGAAAAGCUGCCGGCCCCGGAGGAUGGAGGUGAACAUUUUGAAAUCCCUCUUGACUCUUUUUAGGCUUUUUUGUGCUUCAGGACCACUGAUGAAAGAAAAAAAAGAAAGAAAAACAGGACUGAAGGGAGUCGUUGGGAUGUGAGACCCGACAUGGUGCCUCUGUUCCCCCUUGUCCUGAAGUGCGUCUUUUUUUAUGCUCCCCUUGUCUCCUCCACCUCCACACACUCACUGAUUGUUUUAGCAGCUGCUCUAAGGAGCAAAAACAUCCCCCCUUGAGUGGGGGAGAGACUACUCGAAUCCUUGAGUGAAGGAGUUGAUAUCCCAGUGUGUAAAAACAAAACAAAAAAAGGGUUUGUGUAAGAAUUAAAGCAUUGAAGUAUUAGGAGUAAAGCUUAUCAAUAACAGAAUGAAGAGCGGUUCCUUCACGUCUUGGUGGACGUCAUCUCUUUGCUGCACUCUCUGGUUGAUCAUUUCAGGCCUGUUUUACCUCUAACCACACCGCGCUGCUCUGGUUGUUAAGUUUGCUCAGAAAUGGACUUCAGUGAAUAAAAUGCACCCAGUGGGGCUAUCAAAGUCUCCAGGUGCACCUGUACCCCUCCUCAGCCAAAGCAGAACAACUUCAGGUCAGAGGUCAAAGACAAGACCGAUAAGGCGCCAUUGAGUUACUCUUUAAAAUAGCAAAAACAUUAUUCAAAAGACGACUUAAAGGUGGGGUAGGCAGGAAUCUGUUAAAGAAGCAUCUUUUUUGUGGUGUGAAUACAAAAAAGCUUUUAAUAUCAAUCAAUAACUAUUAGUUAUUGAUGACAUUUCAGAAUAUCACGAUGUCGCUGUGUUUUGUUAUGUCUGUGUAGUCAACAUUUUAAACAUUUUGAGCGGCCCGCUCUUUCUGACUGUAAACAAAGCCGUUCUCUGCCUCCCCAGCCUGAUUGGUUGUGAGGCGGACGCUGCUCUUCCGUGUCGUUCAGGAGCCCAAACAAAGUUAACAUGCUACAAUAUCAGACAGUAGAAACCAACCAGAAAGUUCAGAAAAUUGUCUGAAUCCUCCUUUGGCCACGACUGCCAACACAAGCAAGAAAACCAAGUAAAUACCAGAGACUCUGGCAGAAUAAUGGGCACUUAAAAAGGAGGUAGACCGGACAAGAGCUAAGAAGCCGGGUCAACAAUGAUGGGGGAUGCUUCGGGAUCUUAUGGACCCUGUAAUUUUUCUGCUGGACAGGUAAACCGCUUUGACAAAGUAAGUCAAGUGUAACAGAAACGUUUCUUGUCAAAUGGGACCUUCUGCGUGUCAUAGGGGCUAAACUGUUUACCUCGGGUCCUGGACUAUGUCACUUAAUCUUAGUUGUAGAAGUCCUGCAAACAUUGUGUUUGCUGGUAGUCUGUUGGCAUCUACAGUAGCACCAAUGCUGUUUACUUUGUUGACUGGGCCCCAUUUGUAAUUAUCUGAAGUAUUUAUCUGCAUUAUAUCUGAAUUUAAUUGAAACGAAAUGAGCGAGCAGGCGUGUCUGUUUGUGGGCGGGGCUUGUUGGAGCAGAGAGGGAGGGGAGAGGAGGAGCUGAGGGGAAAACUGGUUGGUAGGGGUAAAGUUUACAUUCAAGAUUUCUCCUAAAAACUGGCACCUCCUCAGAUCCUGCCUACCCCACCUUUACAGCCCCUUUCAGGAACUUAAAUUUGUGUGAGUUUUGGCGCCCCCUGUGGACAAAGCAGUCUUCCUAUAUAUGAGUCUCUUUUGCUAAAAAAACCUAACCCAGCUGACUCUUGACAGUCAAUAUGAGAUGAUCCAGUAUCGUUGGUAGAACUUCUACAGAGACAAGACCUUUCUCCGACUUUCUGUUAUGCAGUACUUCUCAAAAAUGUUGUGAUCUGUGUAAUAAAAGAGUUAUAAAUGGAAAUACUUAACUCAUCAAGUACAGAAAUACAUGUGCUAACUUUCCACCUCCACCCCCUCUCGUCUCUCAGUCAAUCAUUUUUGCUUCGUAGUCUUCUUCUCUCUGCUGAGCCUCAGAAAAUCCAAACGCUGUCCACUUCCUCCAGUAACUCAUGGCUUCAGUUUCAUGCUGACUUUGUACGUGUGUGUGUGUGUAUAUAUGUGUGUAAGUUCAGUGUGUACAGUCAGUUCAGUAUCCUUGAGAGAGGCACAUCCUCACUUGAGCGGAAGGGCAGGAGUUUUGAGAAAUGCACCUCACUGUGUGUUGUUGUUUUUCUGCUGAAUGAGUGGAAAGUUGGCUCCGUGCAGGUUUUUAAAUAGCUGAAUGGAUAUUGACUUCCUUGCAGCCGGUAACACACAUACAUUUACACACAAACACACACACGGACACACACUCACAAAGGGAAGUGAGGCAGAGUAAUUACAAUGUAUUACAAGUGAUUAGCAGUUAAAGUGUUGUAAAAUCUUGUUUGGGUUGAAUGGAUGGAAGGAUACUUGGAUGAAUGAAACAACAGAUUUAUGAAUGAAAGGGAUUACAACACUGCACUCUUCCUAAAGGGUUUUAGGUCGAGACUAACAGCUUUAUUAAUGGUCUUCAACACGUAAUCUAAAGUGCUGUAUGGAUCAGUUGUAGGCAACUAUAACCACAAACUGUGGAUUUCCAUAUUAAGUUGAUAAUGUGAUGAAUUAAGGGUUCCAGACUCCUUAGGCUGACAAGUAUUGUAUAAGUUUUUGGGGUGUUGUUUUAACAGCCAAACCUGAUUUAUAAUACAAUCUCAAUUUCAGAUCAAAACAAGGAAACAAUCGUGUAUAUUAGUGAGCGAACUGUUGGUCAUGCUCAUUGGAAUAAUAAUAAUAAUAAUGCAUCAGAUUUCAUAUAGCGCUUUAUCAGAGACCCUCAAAGCGCUUUACAUUGGAUACAUCAAUCAUUCGCUCACACAGUCACACUUUGGUGGUGGUGGAAACGUGGCUGCCAUUCUGCGCCUACGGCCUCUCCGACCACCACCACACAACACUCACAAUCAUACACCAGUGGAGGACACACACUGGGAGCAAGGUGGGUUAAGUGUCUUGCCCAAGGACACAACAGACGGACUUGGAUUAGGGGGGAAUCGAACCGCCAACCUUCCGGUCAUUGGACGACUGCUCUACCUCCUGAGCUACUGCCGCCCAAUCUGGACUGAGUGAGCUUAGAUACCAACUAAACACAGAAAAAGUUGGCACAAAGUGUCGAUGUAGACAUGAUUUUAGCGAUUUAAAAGGUUGAUUUAUUUGUAGAGCAGAAAAAUAGUGUCUCAGAUUCCACAGCUGGUAGCUCCUCUUCAGUAACAGCGCAUUCACUUCAGGCUACAUGUGGAUGUAAUUUGCAUAAAUUGCAAUUCAUGGUGAAGUUGGAACAUUAGCUUUUUUUAUUUUGACAUUUUGAACUCAUGCAAAAGAGUACUGCAGGAGCCAAAAUAUGUUUUGUGUAGGAUAUGAUUUCUAGGUUUCUUUGGGAUGUUUGGCGGGUUAUUUAGAUCUCACCGGUGUAGUCAGACAAUGAGUGGUAAGCUCUGAUAAUUUUCUGUUGAACAUUUUUCAUUUUUUUUCACCAUUUCAUUCAUCCUGUUUUAACCUCAUUUUAUCUUAUUACUUUUUCAUUCCAAGGCAAAAGUUUUGUAGCUGAAUCAGCAUGUUUUCUUACUUUUUUCGAACAAUACAUUUCUUUUUUAACACUCAAACUGGACUGAUAAUUGAACGCAUCACAGAUGCAAGCGAACCUAAACCCUAGCGGCCUUUUCUGUUGAAGAAAAGCAGUCGCUACAAGUACAUUUACAUCUAAAACAUUAAGAUUAAGUGUUUUCUCUUGAAUCUAGCAGUGCUUUUCGUUUUUCAACCAAUCAGAAUCAAGCAUUCAACACUACUGGAUAAUGUAUACAUGAUGGUUUUAGAUAGAUAUUAAAAUAUUUGAAUGCAUUCUAGUCAGUCAAUGGUAAAUCUAAUAGUGUGGCUGUGUAUAGGAUACUAUUUUGUUUGUAUUUAUCCUCUUUUCAUCUCAGAGUGUUCGAGUAGAUUAGCAGAUAGAAAUUCAGACCACUUGUCUGCUUCAUCUCUUUGCACCACGAGUCUUUGAAAACCUGACAAAACUCAUUUCAGAUACCUAAUGACGGCUAAUGAAAGAACUCUCCACCUGAGACCUUUGGUUGUACUCUGUUCUCAUGGGGAAAAUUACACAGAGAUGCUCAUUUCAGGCUCCUUUAGUGAUAGAUCAAAAUCAAACUGCUUUAUUUGAACAAAGCAGGGAAAUGAAGCUGCGUAGCCUGGCAGUAUUGGAUCUUCAGACUCCUCUGGGACUUCCUCGCAGAUGAGAGACGUGUUUCCUUUGCUUUUCCCUCAUUGUUUUUCUUUUAUCCCACCCUUUUCCUUUAUAUUAGAGUGUCUCUUUCCAUCAUAGCUUUCCUGUGAUAUCCUGACGCCUGGUCGCAGCAUCCAGCGGUGCCUCUCUCUGUACUUUUCCCUAUCAUCAUAUCCUGUCUCUGAUCCUGAAUAGCGUUGAAUUCAGCAGGAGAAAUUGGCUUGUAGUUGGACAUGUCAGACUUAAAUCCAGUGUAGUUUUUUUUAAGUUAAUCCGUUAUGAAAACACAGCCCGCACUGAUUUGCUUUGAAAAUGAAAAUGAAGCUUCAUGCUUAGGAUUGAAAUUCCAGGAAAACUCUGCAGAGCCAAUGUAUGCUUGAUUUGGUUUAGGAGUGCAAUCUCAGAAAGCAAACAUUUGAGCGCAUACAGCGAAUGAACUGCCAAGAGAAGCGCAGCAGCUCAUAGAGGAAGCUUUCACAGCUCAGGGGGGUGUUGGCCGUCCCCGUGCGUAUGUCACCCAGCCUGCCCACUCAGAUGAUUCUCUUUAAUCUGUGAGAUUUAACCACAACAAUCAUCAAACCAACAUGUGUUCGAUUGUAUGCGCUGAAGAUGGAUGAGUCACAGGAGGUCUGAGGCGAGAGAAGAAAGAAGGAGAGAGGAAGAGGAAAAGGAGGAGGGAGGUCUGGGUUUGGAUGCUGUUACUGACAGAGCGGCGGUUGGACUGUGUGUUAGAUGUUGGUUUUAUUAAUGAUGUGAUGUGGUUUGGCUCUGAUCAGGACAGAGAGGGAAGGAAGCAGCACUCAGGACUGAAUCACACUCGCACAUGGAGGAGAGUCUGUUUGUGUGUGGAAAAACAUGGAGAGAGAGAGAUACUUUGGAUCAUAGAAAUAAUAUGAGUAUUUAUCAGGAGGAGUCAUCUCUGAGCGGCUACAGGAGACCCCAGCCGGACUCUGUGAAAGGACUCUAAUCAGUCUACUGUGACACUAAAUUUGCUCUUAAAUAUCAGGUCAGUCUGGUCAAAUCUGGACCUCCAAAAUGAAUAAAUUCACAUCAGUGACGCUUUUUUGGUUUGUUGGCCUAAACUUUGAAGGUACAGCUAAGGUACCUUGGUUCAACUAGAGACCGAGAAGGCAUUUCUGCACUCAUAAGUAGGUGUUGCAGCGAAUCGAGUGUUUUUCAGACUUAAUGUAUCCAGUUUAAAGCAGGGACAGCUCCACUUCACUUAUUAUUUUAGUAAUUUUAUGGCCCUUUUUGGUCAUGGCCACUUUUCAUCCCUGUAUUUUGCCCCUUGUUUUGCAAAACACAGUAAUUUUGGUAUCAAUUGUGUCAUGAGAGAAAUAUUUUGUUGAUUGUUUACGAUAAUAAUCAAUCUAAGAAAAUUUGCAUAAACUGACUUUUAUUUCUCUUAUGAUUUAGAAACAAACAUUAUAAUGAAAGACACAAACAGUCUUGCUUUCUUGACGCCGCUUUUAUCCUUUGCACCAUCACACAUCUGUUGAACAUCUGAUAUACAGCCAGAAGUUAAACAAACACUGCUGUCUUACACUUUUGUAUCACUGCUGACGCUCUCCUCUCCUCUUCUUCCUGUUCAGCCUCUCCUCGGUGGGUUGGCAUGGCCCAGUGAUGAACGGAGCGGUGGUGCCUGGUAGCCCGGAGCUCUCCUCCUCGUGUCCACUGCCUGACUGGCGAGAGUUCUGCGAGCUGCACGCCCGAGCCUCCGCCGCGGACUUCGCAGACAAGUUCCAGCGCUUCUUGUCGGAGAACCCGUGCUACGACUCACCCGGUGCUGAUGCCAGCUUCUCCCAGCACUUUGCUCAACACUUCCUGGAGUGUUUCACCUCAGCGUUGACCCAGGCCAGGGAGAAUCAGGCGUCCUCGCCUGGGGAGGAGGGAUCCAACACAGCUCAGAAGUACAGUAUUGUUCCUUUUCUGGGGAUCCAGGGCUGCCCGCUGUCCUACGGUCAGGAUCUUUAUCAGAGGCGGAAGGACGCCGGGGCUUCCAGCGAGUCCCUGGACAGUAUGGACAGUGGAGGGGGAGGGAUGGAUGGAGGUGGCAGUGGCCCCACCAGAGCCCCCCAGCCAGCCCACAAGGUGGCUGCUUUGGGCCAGUCCCGCAGCUCAGAGGACGUUUCAGUCAGCCACCCGAAGGCCCGCUUCAAGAAGGGCUUCUCCCUGAGGAACAUGAGCCUGUGUGUGGUGGACGGGGUGAAGGAGAUGUGGCACAGACGGGCCUCCCCUGAGCCUGAUGGUCCUUCUGGAACCAGGAAGGCCAAUGGGGGAGUAGGAGGGGGAGACAGAGGAGGAGGAGGAGAGGCUACAGGGGGAGAAAAAUGGUCCCAAAAGCUGCGUCUCCCAAGGGCCUCUCAGGGCCACAAGGCCGAGAUGUUAGAGAUCCAAAGGGAGGGGGCGCUCAGGUACAUGGUGGCUGAUGACACAAACUGUAUGGGAGCUGCGCAGUGGCAGAAAUGUCGUCUGCUACUGAGGAAGACCAAGAGGGAGGAAGGAGGGGAGCGGUUCCUGCUGGAGUUCUAUGUCCCACCAAAGGUACUGAAAACACAAACCUGACCAAACAGACAGAAAACAGAGAUCUAGUGCAGAAAUGACCAGAAAACACUGACAGAUAACACUUUCUUUGUUUCAGUCAUUUAUAAAUUUAGUAUCUUUGGACUUUUGCUGUUUUAAGAGCCAAAACAAUCACUGUGAAGACCUUAUAAAGCUCCACUGUUUCCAUCCACAUCCUACUGCAAUAGAUUGUGAUUUUCAUUAUCUAGUUAAACAAAGGAUAAUGUCGAGCUGAUCUUCCUUUCAUACUGCAGACAAGCUCUUACAGAAAGAAUCAGGUUUGAUUUGAUCAAAAAAUGUAGCAUGCCAGCUAACUACAGCUAAACCCUCACCCAUGCUCCGUGGAAGUUUCAACGAGGUACAUCUCCCGGCAGCAAGUUUAGUGUCCUCUCAGAUCAUUUAUCAGAGAUGUUUACUUGGCAACAUUGCAUUACAUGUUUGAAGAAUCAGACUAUAACAUCCAGUCAUGAACAUCCAAAACUACAGUAGAGCAGAGCAGUAGAAAACAGUAGGGAUGCACUGAUCUGUUUCUUUUUUCACCUCCGAUGCAGACACAGAUACCUACAGUUUAGUAUCGGUCGAUACCGAUCCAAUUCCGAUACAGAAAAGCCGCGCUGAAUUACCUCGGAACGUUUACUGCGCAGAUAUUGCGAGUGGCCGUCGAGCGUGUAGGCUGAGAUAUUGUGAUAAAGUUCAAGAUAGCAGACCCCUUCACUCGCUCUAUUUUGAAAACAAUGUGGGCAUUCGCUCAGGGUGUUUACGUGUGGAGGCCACUCACAAUGUAUAGCAUAGAGUAAGACUGAAUAGAUCAGCCCCUAUGCCAAUUGUCACGAUAACUUAUCUAGAAUUUUCUUCAGUAUCGGGACCGAUAGCAGCGAGUUUUUUGACAUCAGGUCUUUAGGGUCUUUAUUUUAAAAGAUGUCCUUAUAUGCUGUCAGAGUUUUUACAAGAUCAUGUAACCAGUCUCUCUGUACUGUAAGGAAUGACUCUGCCCAGUCACUGUUUAAAGGCAGGACUACAAAUCAGUAGGACACAUCUAUUUGAAUGUUCGAAUAAAAUAGAGGACACAUGAAUCAUUCAUGGAAAUAAUCACUUAUUCAGCCCUUCAUGAAUCCAUAAAAACCCAGCCUGAUAAUCCAGCCCCCGUGACCAUGAGUGACACAGUGGGAAGUCAGAUCACACACACAUACACACACAUACACAUGCACACAUGCAUGCACACUGCACAUUUGUCUAUAUGGGAUUUCCAGAUCAUUGCCCCUGACCUUAAGGGGGCCAUGAGGCUGUGCAGCUGAGUGUGUGUAAAUCUGCCACUGUCCUUUGAUCAUGGCUGGUGGGAACGUGGGGAUAAAACUGCUGAGAGGGGGAGAGAGGCGAGGACAGGUGGGAGGCAGGCGUGGGAGGGAGGUGGGGAGAACUGGCGAGAAAGAGAGCGAGAGAGAGAGGAAGCUGUUACAUUGAUUUCUGUAAGCAGGAGCAGAUCACAAAGAUUCCCUUUCAUGUGCAGAAAAUAAAUAUUGAUUGUUGCUCCGUCUCAGGCAAACAGUCUGCUGUGACAAACUGAAAAAAGGAACUAAAAUAGGUCUGUGAGUCACUCAUAGACACAAAGAGGCACUAGUGCUCUGACACAUCUAAAACGAAACUUAAUUAUUGUGCUUCAGCAGUUUCACGUGCUCUUUUCUAAGAACAUUCACACAUGGGAAACUUAAAAUCAGCCUUUGACAGAGAGACACUUCAGAGCCGCUCUGAUCUGACACAUUAAUUAAACACACACAUCUUCACACGCCUGCGCCGCAGACUCUCUGAGCUGUUUUUACUUCGCUGCCGUCCUGUUCGGGUCUUACAAAUCACAACAGUGCAGAGUCAACAGUGUUGGUAAGAUAAACUGACUCAUAAAAUCUCACUCCGGCCCGCUCCUGGCCGACUGGCUCUCUGGCUCCGUCCCUGUCAGAGAGGGCCAUCAAUCUGCAGGCUGCUCUGUGUGGCAGAGAGCGCACACUGCAGAGAGCUAACUGACUGCAUUAUGACACAGCAGCAGGCCCAGGGAUGAGACACACUCCCCAGGUUCACAGAAUCAAGAUGUGACCGCUAAAAGAGUCGCACACAGAGAGCAGGUCAAAGGGAUUGUUCGUCAUAGCAACAAAGAAACAGCUAAAAAAAUACCCCAAACUUCCUUGUUUUGUACUUUGCUGAUUUAUUAAUAUGCCCAAAUAAAGUGGAAAACCAUUAAAGAGGAAAUGUUGACAAUCUGUGCUACAUUUACAGUAAAUAAGGGUCACAUCACUUCAUAUUUUACUCAUGCACUUUUUCUCUUUUCGUAGCCAUGCUCAGGGUUUGUUAUUUCUACAUUGUUUGGAUAUACAGUUUUAAAGAUACACUCAUCAAAAUUUACAGAAGAAUCAAACAUACGACUGUUGCAAAGUUAUCAACCCUGGAAUUUCCUUUAGUCUCAUACAGCAACCUCCAGAGUUGACUAAUGCAGAGGUGCAAAAAACUGCAGUAACCUACUUUUGAGUGUCCAAAAGGCCAAAGACACCCCAUUCAGGGCCAUGCCUGACAGGGUGACAAAAUCCUAAACUGUGAUUGGCUGUUUGACUUGUCAGAGGCGGGACUUAAAUUCACUCAAGCUGCAGUCUCUGUUCUACAGAAAUAAUGCCUGUGCUAAAAACUUGAGUUUCCAGAGUGCAUGUUUAACCCUUGUGCACCCCUUAAAAUUUACUGACACUUGUUAACCUUGUGGCCAAAAACUGUCGGUCUAAUAAAAGUGCAGUAAAAACAUUAUACAUUCAUUUUUUUUACUUCAAAGCAUCACAUCUUGUCAACAACUCCAGACUUAUCCAUAGAUAUAAAGUUUAUUAAAAUUUUUGUCUAUUUUUGUCUAUUUUUGUCCCCAAGAUGCUCUGAAGGUUAAGGCUGCCUGCAGAGGCAUUGGAAACCACACUCACACAGCCACAGCGCCCAUUUUUGGGGGAAAAACAAACACAUGGUUAAUGUUAAUGAAUCAUUACUGGUUGCCGUGGUGACCAUGAAACAAUCCACAGUGAUAUCAGUGAAGAUAACAGAAUCUUUGUGGGGGUUUAUCAUUUAGGUGAAAUGGCCCUUUAAGGUCUUAUCAAAGCGACCACACAACAAAAUAAAGAGGCUGAUGACUCUAAAUACUCACUUCCUGUCAGAGUUGUGUGGUGGAGCAUAUACAGUCAUGUGCACUGGCUCAUACUAGUUUACAGCAACUACACAUCUCAACACACAUGAACACCAGGACUGCGCCGCCACAGGAGAGAAGAUGCAGGAAAUGGUCAAAUGGUUUAAUAAAGGAAGUGGUUUCUGACAUCUGAUCCACAGAAAGGAAUUGUGGGUGUGGAUGGCAGCCAGCUGCACUGGCAGAUCAAGAUGAGAACAGUGUUACUCCAGACAGAUCAGCUGAUAAGCCUCUGCCAGACCAUCAGUCAGCCUCCUUCUCCUUCUUGCUCUGCCUCUGCUCACACACAGGAAUGAAUACACACACACAAACGCACACACACUCAGCCCAGCGCCUCACACACACUCACUGGAUCUGUUAAGAUUACCGUCUGGAUUCAGCUCUCUGCAGAGGGCAAACCGAGGCCAGGAUGUUUUCUGUGUUCACCCUCUUGUAAACUCUUCCUGUUUAGUGAGGCGGUCAGCAGAAAUAAUCGCUGGGAAAUGCAGGAGGAAGUUUGGAGCUGCUUCCAAAACUCAUACCUACUCUCUUCAUGUCGGCCCUGUUCAUCUGAAUUAAUCAAGGGAGCUGGAUAAAAGAUGCAGCACAGUGCUGCAAAGGCUCCACCAUCGAUUCAGACUGCAUGCUGCCCUUUAAUUCUCUUACUUUAAAGAGAGGUUUGGUGGAUGGGGGAGGUCGGGUGUAAUUUACAGUAAACACAGAGAGUGAAGUGUUGCUUCUCGCUCCUGCGCCGCUAAUUAAAAGCUCUAUUUUAGGUCAUUCCUGUAGUAAAAUAUAAUGUUUAUACUUUUGUGGGUGUUGCUUUUGGGUUCAACAGGAUGCAGUGAAAGAUUUAAUUUAAAGCUCUUGUGAUACAGACUGACAUUAACAGUGGUGCCUCUUUACGACCUCCAAAAGAAAACCAGAUCAUGAGCACAGGAGCCACCAGGACUUUGGAUGCCUAUUAAAGGAAAAUCCCCCUACUUAAUUUUGCAAAUACUUUGCUCUUCUUUAGGCCCCUGUCGGCCAUGAAAAUCUACCUAAAGCCUGGUUUAUGACUCUGCAUUCAAUCUACAUCAUAGCAAAUGCAGAGACACUACACAGGCACAUGAAACAAAUUUCUCAUUUAGUUAUAAUUUCUUAUUCCAUUGUAUUCUAUCAUCUCAAUAGUGGUGCAAAUGGUGUUGCUAUAUACAUGCUUAUGUCCAACACUGUAAAAAGCAGAGGCACAGAAACUUCUACUUGUUUAUCACCUUUGAAGCUCCAGAAAAAUUGUGCAUAUUUAAUAUUUUCUGUAUGAAAGAUAAAAUAAAACUUGGAGGAAAGUCAGCCAAGAGAACUCACCACCUGCAGACCUUGUAUGUUAAUAAAAGGAUUCAUGAGAGUUUUGGGGGUUAGUUUGAUAAAAAAAAAUAGAGGAUUUAAUACAAUAAAUGUCACUGACUUUCAACAAAAUUUUGUGAUCAGUGCAAAGAAAAAAAAGGACAUCUUCAGGUCCCUAAAGCACCACGCAGCUGUUGUAUUUUUUGUAGUUUUAUUUGAGCCUGUUAUUUAAAGGAAUGUCUUCUUUUAAACCAAACUGUACGUCUGUGGGCUGUAAAAAUCUCCAACUGAGAUGGUUUUUUAUUUUUCUUUGAGUUUUACUACACAGGGAAUAUAGAAAUGGGAGGAAAAAUCUUAAAAAUAAACAUGCUGCUAUACAAGAGUGUUUUUCUGCCCUCGGGUACAAAUCAUAGCCAAAUGCUGACCUUCUGUCUCCGUCUAAGUUUUCUGCCUGAUAAUCACAUUUCAGUCCAACAUGCUUUAUUGACACAAAUGUAAUAGAGAUAAUAUUACAUUCAUUUACCAAAAGGAAGGGGACUUUCUUUAUAAUGUAUUUACAUAUAACCUCAUUCUUGUGUCUCUUUUGUGUCUGUUUCUUAUCAGUCUUCGAAACCCAAGGUGAGCAUCCCCCUGUCAGCCAUCGUAGAGGUGAGGACCACCAUGCCACUGGAGAUGCCUGACAAGGACAACACUUUUGUUCUUAAGGUGAGACCAAAAAAGUUUGACACAACAUUACCUUAUUUCAAAUGACAGUUACAGCAAAAACAGCACGUUGGAAAACUUAACAUCAGAUUUUCCCUGAUGUAGUCAAGCUCUGUUAGCAAUCACUGUGUUUUGCUGCUUCCACAGGUGGAAAACGGGGGAGAGUACAUCCUGGAAACCAUUGACUCGCUGCAGAAAAACUCCUGGGUUGCUGACAUCCAGGACUGCAUAGACCCAGGGUAAACCUCCAGAUAAAUAUUUGCUGUGGGCUGGAGAUUGAGAAGGAAAGAGAGACUGAGGGGACAGAGGGAGAGGGGGGAAGAGGGGUAACAGUCAACAGUCAUUAAUCAUCAAAUUAGUGGAGUUUCUGACAGGUUGCUUUUGCACAAACAUGGGCAAGCUUGCACCACUGACAUUCCUCCUCAGUUUCCUGGGCUGGUGUUGGAGCAGCUCAGGACGUAAACACAAAGAUUAUUUGUGUGCUUGUUUGUAGUUGAGUGCAGACUCAGUGACGUUUGUUUGCACAUGUGUGUGGGUAUGUAAACGAUCUUGUGGUUCCGCUGACCUGCCUGUUUGUGUACAGUGACAGUGGCGAUGACAUCGAGCUGGCGUCGUGUCCUCAUGGUCAGGCCUCCAAAGACUGCUCCAUGGUAGCCUCCUGCAGCUGUGAACUCCUGUCUGAGGGUAACAAAAAAAAAGAAAGCAAACAUUAUUACAGAAAGUUGAAAUUUUCUGAUCUAAAUGGUAUUUGUUUUUUUAUAUAUAUGUGAAAAAACUACGUUUAGGUGUUUACCGUGCUCCAGAGCGGUCAUGUCCCUCAGCAGCCGAACAUUACAGCGCCCCCUCAGUCCGAUGCAGGGAACCCCCUUUCACCCAGCACCCCUCCCACAUGCCUUUAGAGCGCUUCCUCCAGUCCCCUGAGGCCCAGAGCUCCAACUCCUCUACUGGUAAACAAAAACACAUUUCCUUUUCCUUUGAGACAUUUAAUAUCAAGGCACAAACACACCAGAGAUAUAGAACAUAAAAAGUGAUUUGUUUCAUCUGUUAUCAGGUGGCAGUGAAGGAGCCAAAGAGUCUGAUGGUGAUGCCAGCCUGGUGGGUUACCCAUGGUUCCAUGGCACAUUAUCCCGUGUGCGUGCAGCUCAGCUGGUGCUUGCAGGAGGCACCAGGAGUCAUGGGCUCUUUGUAAUACGUCAGAGUGAGACUCGCCCGGGGGAGUAUGUCCUCACCUUCAACUUUCAGGGCAAAGCCAAGGUAAGACAAUCAGAUACGAUCUGAUACUUUACAAUACAAUGAAAUGUGAUAUGUGUGAUAGAAUACAGUACAAUACUAUAAUAAUGACACAUUAUGAUAUUAUAGUGGAAUAAGAUAUGAGAAGAUAGAAUGGAUUAUAAUGUGAUACUUAACUAUUCCUACCAUAACUUAAUAAUUAUUAAUUUGAUACAAUACGAUACAAUACGAUACAAUACGAUACGAUACGAUACGAUACAAUACGAUACAAUAUGGUACGAUACGGUACAAUACGAUACGAUACAAUACGAUAUGAUACGAUAUGGUACGAUACGGUACAAUACGAUACAAUACGAUACAAUACAAUACGAUACAAUACAAUACGAUACAAUACAAUACGAUACAAUACGAUAUGAUACGAUAUGGUACGAUACGGUACAAUACGAUACGAUACGAUACAAUACAAUACGAUACGACACAUUAUGGGAUGAUGGGAUGUUAUGGGAAAGGACACAAUGAAAUGGGAGCACCUCUAUAUGUACAUAAUUUUAACUUUUACUCAAUAAGACUUUUAAUCAUGUACAAAAGUUGUUAUGGUUUUAUUUUAUGUUCUUUUAAAUAAUUAAUGAAAUUACAUUAAUCUCCCCCUGCCAGCUGCAGUUCUGCUCUGCAGCAGCAUUAAAUCCACUCAGGCUUAUUCUCGUGACAUUUGGCAUUCAGCCACUGCAGCUCACAGCAGACCGGGUUCUGGAGCCUGGAAAAGAUGCAGUCAUGUCAAAUGUUUUUGUUGCUUAUACGGGACAUGAUCCAUGCACAUCACGUCAGCCGGCAGUGUCGAGGAAGUGUAAGCUGCCGCCUCUUCCUCUGGUGUCAGUCUUGGCAUUUGUUGUUCUGCCCCCACAUCUAGAAGUCUCUCAGAUCAUGUCCUGACUUCAGACGUUCACUCAGGUCCACACUGCAGUCCUCUACCUUUCUCUAGUGUUUCUUUUCUUUCUUUCUUUUUCUGUUACCCUCACCCUCUCUCUUUGUUGCUUCAAAUAACAAACCUUCUUCCCUUUUUUUCCCCUCCUAGCAUCUACGUUUGUCAGUAAAUGAGAAUGGGCAGUGCCACGUCCACCACCUGUGGUUCCACACAGUGUCGGAUGUGCUGAGACACUUCCAUGCCCACCCCAUCCCCCUCGAAUCUGGAGGCUCUGCUGACAUCACAUUACGCUCCUACGUAGAAGUGCAGCGAAGCUCCAACACAGGUACACAGUGCAUGAAUGUCUCCAAGUCUCAAUAACACACAAGCUCAAAAUCAGUCAUACCCAUGAAUUCGACUGGACAGGAGAUCAGCGCAGAUCUCUUGUGCAUCUUUACCUUUUGUUGUCCUUUUACUUGUUAAAUUGAGAUCAAAUUAAACAGUGUGUCAAAUUUAUUCGAGUUAUUCAAGCUUCCUGCCCUGAUUGUGACUUUAGAGAACAAAAGCUGUGACUAUGGUCUUUGGAAAUCUACCAAUGACUGCUUCUCGUGUUAUCUUUGUGGUAAUGGACGCUGCUGACUUCUAGAAAGAUGAUGUAUGGACUGGCAGCAGAGGUUUGUCUAUAAAGUUAAAGAAGCAGAGCUAAAACUCAGUGAACCUGUUCCCUCCCCCACCUCCUCCUGCGUUCACGCUAACGCUGCUCCUGCCCUUCACUCCUCUGGCAUGGGAUGAAUGCCCUCCUGUACAGGAGAGUGAGGGGGCGAUUGUACCGCAGGAGUUUUGCAUGCAGGCCGAGACUCCGGCCCCAACCCACCCUGGUGGCCACAAAGGGGCCCUCUGUUUCCCCUAAACGCUGCACACACUCAUACACUCACUUGCAUACACACACCAACAUAGAGCAAGGGUUUGAUUCAGGGCAUAAAAGACUUCACUGAUACUCUGGUCAGGCGUGUCUUUGGUACCAGUGUUAUUGCCCACUAAGAGGAAGCAUAAUAAAGGAGGCCCACACUGUCUGUGUUUACACGCCGCUCUAUGAAGGAGCCUUUUGCUUGGAGUGCUAACAGCGAACAAUAAUCAGCAGCACAGAUUGAUCUGCAUUACUAAUCGAGCAUUCAUCAUAAAGACUCAUUUUUUCUUCUUCUUCUUCUUCUAAUCUACAACAGACGUAACCGCGCCUCCAGUCCUCACCCCACCCAGGGAUGUAGCAGUCUGUCGGACAGAUGCAGCCCAGCCAGCUCUCCACCCUGCCGGGAUCCCAGCACCCGCAGGGCCCCCUCCUGAUCCUCCGCUCUCCUCCAGCACCUCCUCCUCACCCACUGCCCUUCCCUCUCUCUCCCGUAGCGACCCAGGUCCUGGAGGAGGAGGAGGAGGAGGAGGAGUAGUAGGAGGAGGGUUACAGAGCAGGAGUAAUAGCUCCGAACGCCUGCUUGAGGCCUCUAGUGGUGGGUCUGAGGACUACCAUGAUGCUGAUGGGACUCGCAGGGCCCGAGCGGUGGAGAACCAGUACUCUUUCUACUAAAAAAAAAAGGCACAGGGCAGGGUUCAGUCAGGGAUUUUCUGCAUUUGAAUGAUGCAAAAAAAAGGUUGGCGGUGACAUAGGACACUUGGCUGAAAACGGUCCAAAUCACUGGAUCCCACAUUGUUUUAUAUGUUUGUUUUUUGUUUGAAGGCAAUUUCCUGUUUCUCAGAUAUAAGAAGGGAGGUGCGAUCACGCCGAUCAUUCUGAUAGACACGUCCGGCCUGUGGUUUCAACCCCAGUUGUCAAGAAUGUAAGUGAGCAGAAAAAAGACAUAUGGAGUUGAGAGCAGUUUCAGAAGAUGAGCGUAGGAGGAGGAGAGGCCUGGAGGAAGUCAUCCAGUGGACUCAUAUGGCUUUGAUUCACUUCUCUCAACCACUUCCUGUUCCCCGUUACCCAAAGUUCCCCGGGAGCACAGCCUGUGUCACCACCCCGCUGAAGGGUUGAGAGUUUGAAAUGACCCCGAAGAAGCAGUUCCUCCCGAGAGCAUCCCAUUAAUGUUUGUAAAGCUGCUUUGGGUCUGUCCCGGAUAUCCUCGCUGUUCCUGCAGGGUUUCCCUGCAAAGUCCUGCUCCGGGUCUACUCUGCGCUAACAUCGGCGCAGUGAUCGUGGGUGUGUUUAUGAUAGCUGGGAGAUGUUUUUCUUAUAAGUGUACAGCCCAAACAGUCUUAGUGCCUGAUAGCUCCUUUGACCUUGGACAGACUGUUGCUCACGGUGAUGAAGAGGAGGGUAUCGGCAUCUCACAUUUACAUCAAAGUCCAAAAAUAAAAAGCAGGUGAUAACUGUCGGUUUUUUAAACAUGCAUAUCUCUCUGUUAGGUUCACAUGGUUUUAUUGAUGUCUUCACACAGGUGGUCAUUAGAUGUGUUACAAAAACGAAGGUAAAACAGCACAAGGUCAGUCUGUAUGAACACGGCGAGAUUGCUUCUAUUUUGCAGUCACAGUGGGUUGUUUCGAUGAGUGUGUGGUGGUGUUUUAGAGUCAAAUAUUUUUCAAUGAUCGGUGUGCUACAGUAGUGUUACUGCGACAUGGUUUUCAGGGUCCCUCCGUCUGUACUCAAGUUCAUCAUAUCAAUAACCUGUAGAUUAGAUACGUAUGCUGUUAAUGUAGGAGUUCACUUUGAAUUAAAGCCUUUAAGAUAUUAUAUACCAAAUCCAGCAUUUUUCCGGAGGGACUGAGGACUAGUCUUUCAGAGAGUGGGCGGUGUGUGUGCUGGGGUGGACUGGAACGGUACAGGCAGUAGGGUAAAGGUUACUAGAUGGCAAUGCUUGAAUAGAGAGAUGUGACACUGCUACGUGAUGUCUUUAAUUAGGUAUUUCAAGAUGAAACCCAAAUGUUGCACAAAGAUUCAUUCUAUCUAGAGUAAGAAACAUUUUAAAGCUCCCGUCAGGAACUUUCAGUUUUUGUCAAAUUUGGCGACCCCCCAUGGACAAAGCAGCGUUUGCUUGUUGUGUCCUGUACAUGAGUAGUGUCACCUCACAAAAAAAUCAGACUAAUGACGGUCAAAUUUAUCAUUUAAUGGGAAUGUUUAAAUGAAAAAUGUAAACACAAGGCUGUCUCUACAGCUGAUUGGUCAAUGCUUACCCUCCUGUGCAGAUUUCAGGCAUUAAAGUUGCAAUAUAAAUUAAUCAAACAUGCUCAGUAUGAAUUUCAGUCUAUUUCAUAAAUUGCAUAGUAAUUCUCAUGUGUUAAUUGGACUGAACACAAGGUUGAAAGCUUCACCAUUACCCAUCAGGCUCGCUUACAAAGACCUCUGUUGUUUUUUUAAGUCUGCACAGAGGCUUCAAACGUUGUACUAGUCACAGUUUUAUGUAGGGUUGUGUACCAGACUAUUUUAAGGCCCCUUAUGCUCAGCCAUGUCACACAGAAACCAUAUUGCUACUCACAAAAAUCUGACCACCUAUAACAGAACCCGGUUCACUGUUUUUUUUUAAAUGUGAUAAGCUAAAUAAAAAUAUUCCUUUAGUUGUAAGACUAAACUUAUUGUUUAUCUCUUUUUUUAUUUGGUUAGAUGAACACAUCAAAAGUUCACAUCUCUCUUUUCAAGCAUAGUGAUUUAUCUUUGAAGGAGAAAUUCUACUUUCUGUCAAGGAGCGGACGAAGCAGUUUAUGUGCCAAUUUAGAUCCUACUUUUGAGACAUUUUUAUCCCCCAGCAGCUGUAAAUUACAUUUUCCUAUCCAGUCUUAUUUAUGUACAAUUGAUUGAUUCUUGCAGUGGAACCUGUCUGUUGAAAGAGCCCAUCUCACACAUAUCACAGAUGAAUCAUGUUCCCCUUUAUAUUUUGUCAACACUUCUUUAAGCUGAAUUUUCUGUUGUCUGACUGGGUUUUGAAGAGUCUGUGCAAUUUUGUACAAAGUGAUGUACUUGACGUACUACUUUAUAUUUCUGUGAAUAAAAUGUGAACAAACCUC